CAUGUUGUUCAAUGUGGCUCUUCAAACCCAUCUCCUCCGGCAACUGCCAUUGCUCCGACCCUCUGCUCAAAUAUCAGAAAGGCAGUGGGGGUCACAUCUCCCAGAAUCUGGGGGCCUCUCGCUGAAAGGAAAGCCUGUAAUCUACGGAAGAAAAGAAAGAGGAAAUAGCCACGAUUUCACGGUUGUUGGCAGCGGCAGUCCAGCAAAUUGAUCACGGAGGAGGAAGAGGGAGAGGAAGAGGAGAGGAGCCAUGUCCAAUGUCAUCCUAGAGAGCAUCUUUCUGAAACGUUCCCAGCAGAAGAAAAAGACUUCUCCGCUGAAUUUCAAGAAGCGCCUCUUUAUGCUGACAGAGACCAAGCUCUCUUACUAUGAGUACGACUUCGAACGUGGGCGCAGAGGAAGUAAGAAGGGCUCGGUGGACAUUGAUAAAAUCACCUGUGUCGAGAUUGUGGUUCCAGAAAACAACCCUCCUCCGGAACGACGGAUAUCACGAAAAGAAGAUGCAAAUGAACACGAGCAGAUUUCCAUUAUAGAAAGGUUUCCUUAUCCUUUCCAAGCUGCUCGCAACUGCUUGGUCAAUGAACAAGGGGUGGUCAAAGUGUCUGAUUUCGGCCUUUCCAGGUAUGUCUUGGAUGAUGACUACAUCAGCUCUGUGGGAACCAAAUUUCCUGUCCGGUGGUCUCCUCCAGAAGUUCUUCUCUAUAGCAAGUUCAGCAGUAAAUCGGACGUCUGGGCUUUUGGUGUCCUGAUGUGGGAAGUCCACACUUUGGGGAAGAUGCCCUACGAGAGGUUCACCAACAGUGAGACCACCGACCAUGUCCUCAAAGGGCUGCGUCUCUACCGACCCCAGCUGGCCUCUGACAGGGUCUACGCCAUCAUGUACAGUUGUUGGCAUGAGAAAGCAGAAGAACGUCCAAGUUUCCAAGUCCUCCUUGGGCAAAUUAUGGAUUUAGCGAAUGAAGAUGUUUGAUCCCCAUCGGUCACCCAAUGUUCAUUUUCCCCUGUGAAUUGUUGCCACGUUCUUCAGUUUGCUGAGGAAUUGCUGAAUGGACACGGUGAAAAACAGAAUCAGCAAGAAGGCAAUCACAACCAAAAUAGUUCGAUCGAUUGAGAACUGUCUCCAAAACUGCCUUUUACUCACCUUUGUGUUUGUCUUCGAAGCCAGCCAAAACUAACAAGACUAGCAAGUGCUGUUUAGGUGUUUUCCUAUCCAGCAAGAUAAGGUGCAGUUUGAUCAUCCCAUUUCCAAGUCAGCCGAAAAGAAAACCAGCAUGAAAUUGUUUGUCUUCAUUUCUGAUCUCUGACUCACCUCAGUCUCUGCCUUCCCAUCACGAUCAUGCGUGCCAAACCCUCACAGAUUUUGCCCACCUGGAGAUUAACCUUGGAUUACAAGAAAAAUCCUGCUUAGUGUUCAAUAGGAUGAAAACCCCUGUUGGAAUGGAACAGGAAAAAAAAACUAUGAUUACAGGCAAAUGGCAGAGGCUUUUGGUAAAAGAAUACCUAGGUCUUCCAAAAUCACUUGAAACAAGAUAAUGGGAUUUAAUAAACGACGGAGAACACAGCUGUUUCAAAAUGUCUUGUGCAGUGAUGGAUAAAAAUGCAAAGAAGCGAUAGGAAAAAUGAAUUGCAUUUCAUAAAGAGAAAAUAAACUCCUUUGCUUCAUCACCUUCCUGGAUUCUUGUUGACUUGUUCACUGGUGCUUCGUUCAACGUGAAGGUCUCUUUUUAAUUUUUGUUUACUGUAAAAGUCAUCUGAUUAAUCUUAUCAUCCCAAAUAUUCUCUUCCCCAAUAAAUCACAUUCAACAUGCUGAAAAACGGGUAAAAAUUGAUACAAUACAGAACGGAUAGAGCAGUGCAAUGCGCGAGACUUCACAUCAAACUAGUGAUACCUGAAGUCUGUUUCGCUCUGAAGCAGUGAGAAAAUAGAACAGGGAAGUAGUAACAGGAAG